GGUGGAGCUGUCCCGCCUUGAGCCUCAAGGACCAAUGGGAAGUGCGGGCGGUGUGUUUGAAAGCGAGGCCAAAGAGGGUGGGAGCGCGUGCUGCUGGGAGUUGUUUGGAGGUUGGCAGCGCGGGGCUGACGGCCCGCAGGCAGAGCGAUCAUGUCGCACAAACAGAUUUACUAUUCGGACAAGUACGACGACGAGGAGUUCGAGUACCGGCAUGUUAUGUUGCCCAAGGAUAUAGCCAAGCUGGUCCCUAAAACCCAUUUGAUGUCUGAAUCUGAAUGGAGGAACCUUGGCGUUCAGCAGAGUCAGGGAUGGGUCCAUUAUAUGAUCCACGAACCAGAACCCCACAUCCUGCUGUUCCGGCGGCCACUACCGAAGAAACCAAAGAAAUGAAGCUGGCGAGCCACUUCCAGCCUCGAGCUCCACACAGCUGUUCUUCCUUUCUGACAUCUUUCUGAUAACAUGAUGUUGCCUCCCUUCCUACUUCUCACUCUGAUGUUUCAAGGAUGCUCAAUACACUGUUCACAUAU